CUUCUUCGUGAAUUUCCGUCAGUCGGUCAGUCGCCGAACCAUCACCCGCGCCGCACCACGUGCCAGACGUCGCCGACAAGUGGUCGCGUUCCCCUUGUGUUUUGACACCUUUCUGUCACCUAUGUUUUUAUUUUUCCUCAGACAAUGAUUUAUUUGUGUGUGUUGAUGAGCAUUUUCGCUCAAGUGCUAGCCAAGGAAGUACCGCUGAAAUCGCACGAGAAACGGAUCGACAAGUACGAAGGCUCUGAAUGUCUCUUCGGAGAAGAAUUUAAGGAACUUGGAAGCUCUUGGCAUCCUGAUUUGGGACCUCUCAUCGGAGUGAAGUAUUGUAUCAAGUGCGAAUGUGUGCCGGUCCGCAAAAAGAACAAGAUCGUCGGGAAAGUCACUUGCCGAAAUCUCGAGCUGGAGUGCCCAAAAGUGACGUGUGCUGAGCCCGUUCAGCUUCCGAAGACUUGCUGCAAACUCUGCCCCGAGGACUUGGACGAUCCAAACUUUCAAAGUGCGGAGCCGAUGAACGACUUUGAUGCUACUACCAAAGAUUAUUUUGUGACUUUAUUAUCAAGUGAUUCUUCACAUCAAUUCAACCGUGGACAAUCCUUGCUCAGUGUCAAAGGAAAGCAAAGUAAUGUGGCUACUGGACGAUUUGUGUUUUAUCAACGAAAUCUGCAUUACUCUUUUUAUUCAACAUCGCAACCACAUCGAAUCCAAUUCACUGACUCAGUUGGCAAUAUUCUUGAAGAAAAGGCAAUAACUGUCAGUUCUGAGUACCAAAAUAUCACCAACAAAGUAUGUGGAGUAUGGAGAAGAGUGUCUCACGACUACCAGAAAAUGUUGCAACAGGAAAAAAUCCUUGUGUCAUUAUUGUGGGAUCAAAAUAGUGAUGCUCUCACUGGUCAGCUUGUAAGGAUGAAUUCCAUGUCGGAGGAACUUUUCAGUGCAUUGUUAGAAAAUGAUGAUUUGAGCAUGGGCCACGGUGCUGGCACUGCAUUGAUUUCCCUUCAACAAAACUCAGCUACGCUCCACAUAGUUCUCCUAUUUAGUGGAAUAUUUUCACCGCAGGAUGUUUCCAAUGUGAAUGUUUCUGUAAAAAUUGAGAAUCCACUUAAUAAUCACGUCCAUACGAACAAGAUUUUACUGGUCAAAAAGCCAUCCAAUGAGCUAAAUCAAUUAGAAUUUAAUGCUGUUUUACCCCCGCCAUUAUUGAAUGCAUUGGUAGACAAAAGAAUAUCCUUAAGUGUACUCUCUCGGCAUUCGCAUGUACGUGUAAGUGGCAAAAUUCAGCAAAGCGCAGUUUGUGAGAUUUACCAAACAAUUCUCUCGACGGAUCCAGCUUCUAAUGCUAUGUCUAAUGCAUCAGGUUUAAGUUGGAUUUUUAUGGAUCAAGGAAACAAGCUUCAUUAUCAUAUUCAAGUCAAUAGUGCAGAAAAUGUGACAGCGGUCUCUUUGAUUUCCAUGCAAAAACAGGUGACAGUUCGAAAUUUACGGCCAUCUCUCAAAGCAGGCUGGAUCAAUGGUACUCUGAGCAAACUUUCUCCAUUACAACUGAAUAUGCUACGAAAAGGUGAGCUUGGAAUCAUCAUUGAAGGACCCAGCAAGGAGAGUAUAGUGCAAGGUACACUCCAAGGAAGACUUGUUGCCGAAAUGGUUGGUGUCUCUGGUCCCACCCUCUUGAUAAAAGGAAACGCGACAAACGAACCUGCAAAUCUAACAGGCCUAGUUUGGGCUGGAUUCGACUUGGAGUGUACUUUACUGUAUGAAGUUACACUUGGUGGUUUGAAUCUCAGCAACCGUUCUCUACAGUUACACAUGGAGGAUGUCCCAGUCUUGGUUGAUGGUGCCCCUGUGAAAAGUAGAUUGUUGAAAGAAUUCACUGGGUCAUCAGUUGGAGGAGUCUCAGUUAGUUUAACGGACGAAGAAAUGGCAAUCAUAAGUGCUCAUCUUGUAUCAUUUGUGAUCUUUGAUGUGAACUUGGAUGCUGCUCCAUUACGAACACCUUGGAAUCACUUACCAGUUCCUGAAUCCUGUCUACCUCAAUCAAGCAACACCCUGUCACUGUUGAAUUUUGCCAGUGAUGAUGCUCAAUCCAACGAUAUCGAAGGAUAUGAUAAGUGUUACCACGGGAACAAGUUCUAUGAAGAAGGCUCGCAAUGGGAGUCCUCUUUAGAACCAUGCAAAAUGUGUCACUGCCAGAAAUCUCACGUGGAGUGUACGCCUUAUGUUUGUCCUCCAGUUACCUGUCAGCACCCUGUGAAAAGACCCGGCGAGUGCUGUCCUACCUGCCUUCGUAGCUUCCAUAAACAAGCCCUUGCAAUACCAUCCAGGAGAUGUGUUCUGGGCAAUCAAAUGUAUCUCCCUGGAUCCUCGUGGUAUCCCUAUUUACCUCCCAAUGGAUUUGAUACUUGUGCUGUCUGCACUUGUAAUGCUAUUUCUUUGGAAGUGAGAUGUCCUAGGCUCAAAUGCCCCCCGCUUAACUGUGAAGAAAAAAUGGCGAUAAGGCCAAGUAAGACUGCUUGUUGCAAAGUCUGUCCACUCUCAAAACCGCAAUCAGAAUCACCAGAAGAGCUUGCCAUGAUGCACGAUGAAGCGCGGGAAGAACAUGACAAGGAGGCUGAAAUCAUUGCCGAGGGUGGUUGCAAAGAUCCUUUGGGAAAACUGUAUAAGAAUGGUGAGCAGUGGCAUCCUCAAGUCUUUAAACAAGGUGCUUUCAAGUGCGUCAUUUGUCAGUGCAAGGACAGCAAAGUGAAAUGUGCAAGGAAAAAGUGCACAGCAUCCAUGUGUGAAGAUGAGUGCUGCCAAUUCUCCUGUCAAAAGGUGAAAAGAUAGAAGUUGACAAGAGACUAAUGUCCUCUGUUUCAUAGUUCCUGUUGUAAUUUUCCAAUUCUCUGACUGAAUCAUCUUGUUUUUAAAUAUGCUUUGUUAUUUAGGUAAGUUAUCAUAAGCUGUCAUUGCAACUGUAAAUAUGUAUGUAUGUAUAUACCUACUACUUUGUAGAUAAUGUUUUAUUUGUUAGACCCCGGUUAUGUUUUCUUUGCAGUACAUUCAGAACUUCCGGAUUUCAUUGAAAGUGAUUGUAUCAAUCCUCGUAUUAAAUCAAUGGUAGAAAAUUGCUCAAAUCCUUUUGCACUUGUUUAAGUGGUUAUUUAUUGUUCUUGUUCUCAAGUAGCAUUUUAGUCAUAACUGAUGUAUAGAAAAAAGAGGAAAAAUGUACAUUACCUAUUUUAAUUGUAGUGCUACGUAAAAACUGAGGCUCAUAAGAUUUUAGAUGAACUCAUUGGAGAGAUUUAAUAAGAGUUUUGCAAUAUUUUCCAAAUAAUUUUUCUGUAUGCUUUUUGAAGUACCAAUCAAAUUCUAUGAAUGGGCCACAAGACAGAGUAGGAUUUUAAGUGCUACAAAAUAUGUUUUUGUCAACAUUUUAUCCAAAACACAUUGAACAUCUUGAAACUCAGCUUGUAAAUGAGAAAAUAGCAUAGGUAGCUUCCUCGACAGUCCCCUUAGAUAGCGGCCUUUGUGUGUGGCAUUUUGAUGGUGCAUCUUGUAUUAAUUUCUUACCGCAUCCAGUUCCAUCAUUAAAAUCUUACAUUAAGCUGGUUUUAGUGUAAUUUCUAAUUUCGUUUAUCUAUUCACUUUUUCUGGGAAGCUUUCUCUUGCCAUAUUACUUGUCCUGGUGUUAUGAUUAAUAUAAUCUAAAAAUGAAAAGGAGGUUACCAUAGUCUUCAUGAAACAGGGCACUGUUUAGUUCCAGCCAUUUCCAGCGGAAGUAUGACUUUUUGAAGAUUUCAAGUUCUAACAUAUUCUUAGAUUUUCUCGUCCAAUUCACUCCCUUGCAUAACUUUUUCACCGUUCACAAAAUCAGUGGUUCCUGAAGUAAGGCCCAUUUGGAACCUUGUUUAGCAGCUCAUAGAAAGUAAUUGAAAGCUUUACAGAAGAACAUAGAGAAAAGCAUGUUUGAAAGUUGAAGAAAGCAGGGAGGAAAGUAAGAAAAAAGUACAGUCUAACUCUCAAAAAAAGUUUGAGCAAAAUUUUGGCAGACAUGGAUUCCUAACCUCUAGGCUCUCACUUUCACAAACCCUCAUACAAAAUUGUGAUUGUUCUAGUAAUUUACUCUUUGUGAUUUAUAUCUCUUACAUAUAUGUUCUUUCAUUUUUACCUUUUGAAAACUCUUGUUUUCUUAAAUUGAAUCAAAACAGAAGUUUUUAUGAUGAAACUUUGAAAAGGGGUGCAUGGAAGUACAAAUAGAAAGCUUCUGUAAGAAAACCAAAGUAAUGACAAUCUCCUCUUCUUGAAAUAUUUUAUAUGAAUUUCAUAUUAUCAAUCGAACCAAGUAAAAUGACUGAUUUUUUUUCUUCUUUUUUUUUUCUUUCUUUCUUGAAAAAAAUGCAACUAUACCCUCAGCUUAUACGUAGUGACUUCAAUAUUAUUUUCUCCAUAUGCUUAGUCAUCUUGAAUUGUAUAUAGACUUAAACAUAAUUACAAUGUACAUAUAGGAAAGGUAUCCAUUUUCAAAGAAUUAUUUCUAAGCUCGACUUGUGCCACCCAAGAAAAAAAUUUAUGAUUUGAUGCAGUUUACAAAUGUUUUCUUAGUGUGAAUCUGGCAUUGAAAGAAAGUUUCCAAGUAAGGCAAAAUUUUAGGACAAAGCUUAUAUUAAAAUUCUACAGGUCAUUUCAACAGAUCUAAAUCAGAACCAGCUAAUUUUAUUUAUCAACUUCAUUUCUAAUUUAAAAAAAUUACCCGCCAGAUAGGUAGAGAAGAAAGAUUUUUUUGAUAAAAUCAAGCUGCAAUGUAUUAAGAGAUCACAUUACUAAUAGAAACAUUUUAGGCCUUCAGAAAUGCUUUUUUCCAAGAGUCAGCGGCUUCAUCGUCCAUUUUUGCUAGUUUUAGGUGGAUCUAGGCAUUUUUUAUUUACGUAUCCAAUGUUUUUGGUUACUGAUAUUCUUUGAGUUUUGCACUGCCCUUUUUUAGAAAAUCUGAUCAUAAGUUUUUAAUUACAUAUUGCACAGUUUUACAGUCUAGUUUUGAAACUCGGAUUAUGAUCCGUUAUGAAGUCAAAAGUAUGGCAGAAAUAAUUUCAAGAAUUGAUAAACAACUGUGGAGAUUUAUCUGUCCUACUUUUGCCUUUUUAGAUAUUUCAACCUCUAAGUUUUUAAUUAAUUGUUUAUCUGUGGAGUGGCAGUUUGCUGAACACAAUGCUUGGAUGCACCUAAGGCUUUACCCUGGGAAAAAUCACAUUUCAAACUGUGCUGUAAUUUGUACAUUUGUAAAAAAAAUGGCUAGGUUUUUGAUCUGACGACUGAUCUGGCCAAUCAUUGGUCAUCUUACCAUUUAAGGUUUUUAAUGCACUUCAUGAAUAUUCCAAAAUUCCAUUUUAAGAAACAUAAUUUGCACAACUCAGCUGUUUUAACAAUUGAGACCCAGCUAAUUGAAUGCAACAGAAAUUCCAUUGUCUUCAGCUUUCAGUAGGAGCUAAACGUAACAAGCAAAAUUGUUGCACACAGCAAGCCAUUCCACUGAAUUUACCUCAAUUCUACUUAGUUGCUCUGUAACGUUUUAUUUUAGUGUGUAGUUUUAUCCAUUCAUUCCUUGAAAGUUAAUAGACUUUCUAUUUUUACUUUCCUUUCUUUUCUAAUUCUCUUGCAAAACAACUUCAAUUUUUUUAAUAGUUUAAUGUGUUCGGUCAGAGUCUUACUUUUUAAAUUUAAACACAUUUUAUCUGAACCUUGAAACCUUUUCCUCAUUUGAUUGAAGAUUUUUCUCUUCUCUACAAGCUAGUGAGGUAAUAAAUUUUACAUAUUUUUCUUUCUUUGUAAUUACAUUUUACCUUACAUAGGUACUCUGUCUGACUUCGGUAAGAAGUAGAUUAACUACUCACUAAAUUGUACAGAAAAUCAUUCCUAUUGAUUUGAUCUUAUUUGAUUUGACUGAAUAAAUUUUUAUGUACUCAA